AUGAUGAUAACUGUGGUUUCUGUGUUCAUGUUCUCUUGGUUACCCCUGAACAUCUUAAUCGUGGCGGGUGACCAGAAUGAUGCCAUUUGGGAAUACAGCCACAUUAUUUAUAUCUGGUUCGUCUGUCAUUGGUUGGCCAUGAGCCACGCCACUUAUAAUCCAUUGAUAUAUUGUUGGAUGAACUCGAAAUUCAGGGAAGCAUUCAAACAGGUGGCUCGCACCGUCGGCUUUGGAAACUGUUGCAAAACUUCCUCUAGCGAAACCCGAUUGGGACGUUACAAUACUUAUACCAGUUACUUCGCCGCAGCCAAUUGGAGUCUUCGAUUAUCGUCCUUCCAGAGAGCUUCUAGUCAGCGUAAUUCGCCAGCUAAAAACAGGAGCACGGAGAGCAAGAAAAGUUGUCACGUAGUAUGGAGAACGGGUUACAACGGUGUUCGCAAUCAAGUGACCACGCCUAAAGAUUCGCAUGUCUAA